AUGAAUGCAGCUUCAGCGCUCUUGCCUUCUGCUGCAACGCUCAUCUGCAUCUGGCAUGCGAACAAGGCAGUCCUUGUCCGAUGCCAACCAGCAUUCCCGGAGGCUGAGAAGUGGAAAGAAUUCUACGACUCUUGGCAUUCGAUCAUUAGUUCGCCAACAGAAGAGGAGUAUGCCAACCGACUUGCACAAUUUCAACAGAAAUACGCUGUUGAACACCCCAACGGGGUCGGGUAUAUCAAGACCACGUGGCUUAUCCCAUUCAAGGAGAAGCUUGUACGCGCUUGGGUCGACCAGUCGACUCAUUUUGGGCAAGAGGCCGUCACGAGCUACCAGCUCGACUCCGACGCGCACAGCGAUGCGCACAGCGAUACGAGCGCGCGGGGCGACGCGCAAGCGCUGCCAGCGCCGCUCUCGAACCCCGGGACAAGCCACAAGCUUACCAACAGCCAGUACGAUUGCUUAGACGACUUGCUUGACGACCUUCACGAUCACGGAGCCAAGGCUGGCUUUGCCGUCUACAAGAUGCGCAGCAACAACUAUAUCAAGGACUUUGGGCCCAGUCGAGUUGAUCUCGGCUGCUACAAGGGCAAGAUUCAGCCCUCCAGAGCCCACUCUCGCAACACUUCGACAGUCAAACAAGGCUGUACGUGGCAGGCCAUCGCGAAGGCGCUGUUGGUUAAUGGGGAGCGCAAAUGGACCUUCCACAUCAAGUCUGGCUGCGAGAGCCAUGUCAAUCACGAGGCAAAAGACUUUCAGUGCGCGAGGCGACUCAGAACUGAGCACAAGGCCUUCGUAGCGCAGUAUAUCGACAGACCGGCGGUUUCAAACCGCGAAGUGGCUGUUGAGCUGCGCAACAAGUUUCCAGGCAUUGUCUUUACUCGGCGCCAACUACGCAGUCUGCGCUACCGGCUGCGCAAGGAGUCCCUCAACGGCUAUACACCCUUCCAAGCAACCAAGAAGCUACUUGAUGAUGAGGGCAUCAUGCACCAAAUCAAGUGGGCAGCGGCCCCCGAUGACGGUGAGGCAGAGCGGAAGCCAGAGGGCUUGUUUUGGACAUACAAAUGGUGCGAGAAGCAGUGGGUUCUGUACCCAUGGGUCCAGCUCUAUGACAACACCUACAGGACCAACAAUAAGGGGCUUGCCUUCUUCCAAGUUGUAGGGCUUAACCACCUUGGCAUGGCCUUUGCAUGUGGCUUCGGCCUCAUCAACAACGAGAGGCAAGAAGGCUUCGACUGGCUGAUGGACCAAGUUGAUGUCAAUCGCGCGCGAAUCGGCGCCUCAACACCAAGCGUUACCAUCACCGAUUACGACGACGCCAUGCGGAACGCGAUUGCCAGAGUAUAUCCGGAAGCCCAGCCGCAAAUUUGUAUAUUCCACAUCAACAAGAACGUCGCUUUGCACUUCAAGAAAAAGUGGAACAAAGAUGCCGCCGCUGCGGUAGCUCAGUCAGGACAGCAGUCAGCACAGCAGUCAACUGGCCAGUCAGAAGCCCCCUCUGACCUUGACACUCGACAAGACGAUGGGGAAGAGGUUGAGCGAGUUGUGAAUCGAGCCAACAGGGCUGCCGACGGCUCUCUCGAACCAUUGCCAACAGAGGUGGAGUACUCAAUGGCUGGCAUGUAUACCCUUUGGGAGCACAUGAUCUACUCUGCUAGCUUGGAUUCCUUCAACGCUGCGUGGGAGAUGAUGAGAGCGUAUUUUGCUAGCCAGACAGCUAUUCUGACGUAUCUCGAGACUACCUACUUGCCUGUUGUCGAACAGUGGGCUGGCUGCUAUAUCAACAAGAGACUCAACUUCGGCCAGCGCACCACAUCGCCAGUCGAGUCAGUCAAUGGUUACCUUAAGAGCUUUGUGAUCAACGGCAACAGCACUGUAAAGCAAGUCGUCGGCCAAGCCUUCAACAUGGUUACAGAGAUGGAGCGGUCAGUCAAGGAAGCAGUCAAAGAGGAAAAGAACCGCCUACGCUUCGAGUACAUAGGCCAGAAGUGGCUUGGCUCAGCGCCUUAUAACGUCUCCUCCAAGGCGUUGAAGUUGGUGACGAAGCAAUACCGAACUAUGCUUGGCGCUGUCGAGUCUCGCAGUCGGCCAACUGCGGAAGCUCUCAAGCCUUGUACCGGCCGAUUCACAGCGCAGUAUGGUAUGCCUUGCAGCCAUAAGCUCUUUGAGCGCUACCAAGUUAAGAAUCUGAUGCUGAAGAAGGAGGACUUCCAUCCAUACUAG